AUGCCCGUAAAUGAAGACCCCGAAGCAAGAUUUACAAAUAUCCUGUCCGACUGUCUUUACGCCAUCUGCUUACAAUCUUUCGCCCGCUACUCUCCUUCUCUCACUCCCCCUCUCUCUCUCUGUUUAUCUCUCUGUUUUUCUUUUGCUCUCCCUCUCUCUCUUUCUCGACUCCUCUCUCUCAUUCUCUUUCUCUCUCACUCCCCAUUCUCUCUCCUUCUCUUUCUCUCUCCUCUUUCUCACUCCCCAUUCUCUCUCUCUCUGUGUUUCUUUCUGUUUUUCUUUUGGCCUCUCUCCUCUCUGUUCCUUUUUCUCUCCCUCUCUCUCUUUCUCCACUCCUCUCUCUCCUUCUCUUUCUCUCUCCCCCUCUCUCUUUCUUUUUUAUCUCUCGCUCAUCUCUCUCCCUCUCUUUAUUUCUCUCUCUUCCUCUCUCUCCCCUCUAUCUAUCCUGACUCUCUCUUCCUCUCUCUCCCUUCUAUCUCUUCCUCUAUCCUGACUCUCACUUCCUCUCUCUCUAUCAACUUCUCUCUCUCUUUCUUUCGUUCUUUCCUUCCUUUCUUUCUUUCUUUCUUUCUUUCUUUCUUUCUUUCUUUCUUUCUUUCUUUCUUUCUUUCUCCCUUCCUCUCUCUCGGCAUUCUUUCUUCUCUCUUCCUCUUCUCCCCUUCCUUAACCUUUUACCUUGGCAAAAAAAAAAAAAAAAAAAUAGGAAGCGUCUUAUGA